CACUUUCAACGCCAUCCCCAAAUGCUCCGCAUGCAACAACGACAGAAUUCACUCACUGUAAUACUCGUAUAUCUCUCGUUCUUCCUCAAUCUCGUCCUCGCAGCCUACCACGAACAAGAACCUCUCCUCCAACACAACACCUUCCCUUCAAACAACGAAUCCGAUUCCACCACCACAAUGUCCAAAUCCCUCAACGUCUUCAAACAACCCCUCGCCCUCCACUCCACCUCCCCCAUGACAGGCUUCCUCCGCAACGGCUACUGCGAAGUCCCCGGCGCAGAUUUUGGCAACCAUGCCGUUGCAGCUGAAGUCACAGACGAAUUUCUCGACUUCACCGCCCGCCAAGGCAACGACCUCCGCUCCAUCGGCGGCAUGAAAGCCGGCUGCAAAUGGUGUCUCUGCGCCUCACGCUGGCUCGAAGCCUUCGAAGCCCGAACACGCGAACCCGCAGGCGAUAAAAUCGUGCCGAAGAUCUAUUUAAAGGCGACAAAUGAGAAGGCGUUGAACAAAAUAAAACUGGAGGAUUUGAAGGCUUUUGCUGUGGAUAAAGACUGAGAGAUGGGAGUGUGGAUUGAUGUGUGAAAGAGGAGAAUUAUGAUCUCAUGAUGAUAUCUGAUGAGUUUAUGGUCUGACUUUGUAUGAUUGAUGGGAUGGGAUCGGACACAAUACGGAAUAGGACAAUUUACUGAUGGGAAGAGUGUCAUGAAUUGCGAUCCCUAGCUGGGACAGAGCUGGGAUGUUCAACUAUGUAGUGAUAACGAUAUCUAUGAAACGACAAAAGCAGUCGUCUGCCAACACAAAUACUCGCUUCCAACGAUUCCCGUUCACCGCUGGUAGAGAGCUUCUGUGCUCACAAUCACAAGGAAACCGCUCUGGAUACCGCUCCGGCGGCAAACAGAGAAAGUGGCCGCAAGCCGAGGAAGAGUGCCAUCGUCCUGUACGGGCUCACCAUGUCAGCAACAAAUCAUUGUCCACAUCAGACAAAUCUAUCUGCAUCUGAG